AGGAAAUCCAAAAGAAAAAAUCGCCCCUCGAGUUCCCGGCCUGCCCCCUUCUGCUCCGCGCUGGCAUCGGCAUCCCCGAUGGCGGCGUCGCCCGCCCUCCUCUCGCUAACUCCCGCCGUCUCCAGGCACGCCCACCUCCUCUUCUCCCGUUGCCCCACGCCGCGCCACAUCCGGCUUGCACCUCCGGCCGCCGCCCCCUCCCCUGGCGGCAGCCCGGGCCCCGGCGUCUUCCUAUCGCCGCGCGCGCUCUCGCAGCUCGACGAGCUCGCGGCCUUCCGCUACGAGCACGUCUUCCCGCACGGCCUCCUCACCGUGCGCGCCCUCACCCGCGGCCCCGAAGACGACGCCGUGGCCGAGGCGCUCGUCCGCCUCCUGGCCUCCUCGUUCUCCGAGACCGUCCGGUGGGCCCCGGCCCAGCGCUACGCGCAGCUCCUCACGUUCGUCAUCCGCAGGUACCUCCACGAGCGCCGCGGGCUCGCGCCGCACGCCGCGGUGCUCGUGGGGUUCUACCGCCCCGCCGACGCGGCCGGCGCCACGGAGGAUGACGUAGAUGAGGGCAGCGAAGAUGGGGCGGGUAAAGAUGAAGGGGAGAUGGCGUGCACGGCGGAGGUGUCGUUCGACGCGGUGGGCGCGCCCGGGGCCCCGCCCACGCCCACCCCGCCGCUCGACUUCCCGUACAUCUGUAACAUGACUGUGAAGACGGCAUUGAGGAGGAGAGGAAUCGGAAAACAACUUCUUAAGGCAUGUGAGGAUUUGGUCAUCAAAAUGGAUGCAAAAAGACGUGUAUAUCUUCACUGUAGAAUUAUCGAUCAAGUGCCAUUCAACAUGUACAGGAAAUCUGGAUAUAACAUUGUCGAGACUGACAGUAUUUUGGUUUGGCUGAGCCUUCAAAAGCGGAAGUAUUUGAUGAGCAAGGAAUUACCCCAAGCUUCAGUUGUUGAGUCUUCAACCAAAGACUUCGAUGAUAAUAUUUUGACACGCUAAACGUUCAACAGGAUCAACAGAACAUUACAAGGUCCAAAUGCCUCUGGAACAUUAUAUACAGAUUAUCUGGGCAAAAGAAGCCAUUUGAAUUUGCAGAGAUAGCCAGGCUACAUAUGCUUUUGAAAUCACAGGCAUUGUAAGCAUAUUAUCUAAUCUUUGAUAAAUCUUAACUCGAUGUACAAUAUUGAGCUGGGAUCUCAUGCCCAGCUAUAUCAUAUUGGAAACGAAGAAAGAUCCAGUAAGCUUCAGAAAAAGAAAAGGAAAACGAAAGGGACACUUUUGCAUGAAGAAGAAAGAGCAGAUAAAUAUAUGCUGGUCAGUAAAGAGCAGAUAGAUAUAUGUUGUUCAGUAGAGGCUUACCG